AUCUAAGGUUGAAAGAAUGGUGAUGGUGUUAUGUGUCACCGCGUGUCCAAGAGCAAAGAGAUAAAGAAUAUAGAGGAUUGCAAACCUGUUGGCACCGCACAACAAAAACCAUGGCACUUGCAACUCAAACCUCUGCAUCUCUUUCUAUCUCUUUUCGUGAUGCUUGUGUUUUCCCUGCUGCAAAAUACUCUGCCACUGCUCGCUUUCCUCUACCAAAUUUGGUUCCUUCUAGAGCAUCCUUCGCCACUGGUACCCCACUAUUGAUUCGGAGAAGUCAUGGAAGGAAACUUGCGUGCAGAGCAAUGCCGGUUUCAAUAAGAAGUGAGCAAAGUACCAAGGAUGGGAACGGUUUGGAUGUGUGGCUAGGGCGGCUAGCGAUGAUUGGCUUUGCAGCAGGCAUCACUGUUGAAGUUGCUACUGGAAAGGGACUCCUAGAGAACUUUGGAGUCGCAUCUCCACUGCCUACAGUUGCACUGGCAGUAACAGCACUCGUGGGUGUCUUGACAGCAGUCUUCAUCUUCCAAUCAGCCUCAAAGAACUGACAAUGUACUUAGGUUGUGUUUGUUGUAAAUUCUGUAAUUUUGAGGUUUCAUUUUCCAUGUAAAACCUUUUUCUUGUAAUAUUUGUUUUGAUGCAAAGAAUUGGCUUCAAGGCCUCAAAUAUUAAAAGCAAUGGAAGCCUUAAAUCAUAUUAAAUCUUCUCCUUU